ACGAAAAAGGUUAAAGUGUUGACAACGAAACGCAACGCAGCUCAACUCUCUAUCCUAGACAUGUCUCUCUGACCCAUUCAACUCCACUCUCUUCCAUUCCACUGAACCACUCCUGAUCCCUUAUUAGCCAUGACCCACCGAACCCAGCGCCGUCGCCGUCGUCACUCCUCCGUCUGCCACCGUCACCCCACUUCCAAACCCACCGCCGGUCUAUGUGCCGCCUGUCUCCGCGAACGCCUCUCCACCAUUGAAUCUCUCUCUUCNGAUCAAGUCCCUGAGCUCCGCCGUGUUCGUGACGCUUCCGCCGCACAAGAAGAGGAUGAAGGUAGAGCCAGUAGGAGGCUCUUGGAAGAAGAAACCGAAGAUGGAGAUGGAGAGAAGAAGACGAUGAAGGAGUUUAUAGAUCUUGAAUCAAAAACUCACCAGAUCAAGAAAAACGACGUCGCUUCGGUUCUCACCAGAACGCUUAAGAAGCUUUCACUCAAACUUCCCAUGAACGGAAACAAUGAAGACACAAGUCUUAGACGUAGCUCAUGUGAUGUAGAUCCAAGAUUGCCUCAAGACUUAGGUGGAAUCUCUUUGGAGGAAGCUAGAGCGUCAUGGGACGGAUGCUUAACCGGAAAGACGUAUCCAAAGCUGGUGGUUCCUUUAUCAGCUGUGACUGAAGAGGAGAAGGAUCCUGGGGGGACAGCUCAAACGAGGGAUUACUACUUUGAUUCACGGAGGAGAAGAAGCUUUGAUCGAUCAUUAACGACACAUGGAAUGCUAGAGGUUGAUGAAUUGAAAGGUAAGUUGUCACCUGAAGCUGUUGGUUUGUUUCAUGGAGCGAAGUUGCUUGUUACUGAGAGGGAACUGAGGGAUUCGAAUUGGUAUUCCAUCGAACCGGAGAGCUUACAGUUAGCUUCUAAAGGCGUUGAUUGUGUUGCUGCUGGUGAGGUGAAGAAGAGUGGAAAGAAAUGGCCCAAAGGAUGGAAUCUUUGGGGUUUGAUUCAGAGGAAGACUGAUGCGGUGAAGAAGGAAAACAAAACCGAUGCAAUGGAGGGUCCUUUUGUUGAGUCUUUGCUGAAGCUUAGGAGAGUGGUUAAAGGAGAAAGCAACGGUGAUGUUAGCGAGAAACUCAUGAGAAGCUACAGCGUUAGCGCAAGGAAGUCUUGUGAUGGCAUGUUUCAUGGUGCUUCUAUUGCUGAUGGCUUCCAAGGUGGAAGAAGCUCUUGUGAUGGUCUGUUUCAUGGCUCUGUUACUGGCGUUGAGACUGUAAGAAGAAGAAGAAGCUCGUGCGAUGAUGGAUUCUUUCAUAGCAUUGAAGGCAAGCGGAAUCAUCUUCUUCAGAGAGAUGCUAAGCUUGGGAGUUACUCGCCAGAUAACCUCAGAAACAGUAUGGUUAGAUUCUACUUGACGCCAGUAAAGAGCCACACAACAAGCAACUCUGGGAAAAGUAGGCUGAUUCAUUAGUCUGAUCUGUGAUGUAUUAUAUUAAAUAUUGUGUUGUAAUUAGCCAUCCAUUACCAUGUAUGUUACUUAUUAUCUGUAUUGUUCUGUAUAUAUAUGAAGUAAGAUCUUAUGCCCAUCUU